AUGGCCAGAACACAUGCCAGUUACUACGAUUACUCUCCGUCGCAGCCUGCGGCCGGAGUGUUUGCCGCCCUCUUCGGGCUGGCGUUCCUAGUGACCCUGUUUCAAGCCAUACGCACAAGGGCUUGGAUCUGGCUGGUGAUGGUCUUUGCUAUUGCAAUGGAGACAGUCGGCUACGGUGCUCGAGUCGCCUCCGCUGGUGACGUCUACGGACGGACCAUCUACAUCAUCCAGUUUGUUUGCAUCAUCCUCGCGCCGGUCUUUAUGGCCGGCAUCAUCUACGUCGUCUUUGGCCGGAUCGCCUUCCACGUCGUGCCCCCGGAGUCUCGCACGGUCAAACUCCUCUGGAUUCCAGCUCGAUGGAUCACGCCCAUCUUCGUCGGCUUCGACAUCUUCGCCCUCCUGCUCCAGCUGGUCGGCGCGGUCAUGAUCUCCGCCACCCAGGUCACCGACAAGAACGCCAAGGACAAGCUCACCAAGGGCAAAGACAUCGCCAAUGCGGGUGUGACGCUGCAGAUCGCGGCGUUCGGGCUCUUCACCUUUGUCGCCGCCCGCUUCCACUUCGUGUCGAAGCGCUUCCGGGCCAGCCUCGAGAGCAAGUUCGUGCCCGUCCCCAACAGCAAGUUCGUGACCAUGGAGGGCGACGAGAGGAGGUUCAGACCCAAGUGGCGCUUGCUGCUGUACGUCGUGAACCUGUCGUGCAUCAUGAUUGUGAUCCGGUCCAUCUAUCGCGAGAUUGACUUCCGCCUUGGCCGUGAUGGUGGAUAUGUCUCAACUCAUGAGUGGCUGUUGUAUGCCCUUGACGCCGCCCCCAUCUUCCUCUGCUGUGCCGGUUUCAACGUCUUCACGCCCGGUGAUUUCGUACCUAUGGGUUGGCGACAGCCCAAGGCCAAGGCUGUCGACCAAACCUCCGAAGUCGAUCUCGAGACCAUGAGCACGGCACGAAUCGUCAACAACGGCCACAGCACGCAGAGCCGAGGAAGCGUCGAGUAA